CUAAAUAAAAUAACAGAGUUAGCCCUGAUAUCGUCAUAACGCAGCCAAAUUUAAACAGGUCCUAAUACAAUUUCCAAAUUUAUAAAUAUUCUUGUAGUUUUUCGGAUCCUACGCUCUUCCUACCAUGCCAAUCGUUCCGGUACCAAAGAUCAACUCGCUGAGAACAAAUCCUCUACAGGGAUUUGAGUAUCUAUUGGUUCCCUUGCAUUAUAGUCUGGAUAUGACCACAACUAUGAUUUCGGUCAUUGGUAACAUCUUGUACCGCUUAAUGUCGCCGCUUUUCGCAAGAUCCCUUAAUUCAUCAUAAGUUUUUAAAUAAAGCGAAGCCACCGUCAGAGAGAUGCAGAGGAAGCCUUACUAAGUAGAGGUUAAAGAAGCCAGACCUGGACACCAAAAGGAAUUCGAUGCCGGGACCGACGGACACGACAUCCAGCGAGGCAGAUGAAGAAGAUGUUAACCCGAGAGGGUUAGACAGGGACCAUGACCAGGACCAGUCUGGAGCUGUGGCGCAAGCAUGGGAGCCGGCGGACGGGAUGGGGCAGCAUCAGCAGCAGCAGCAUAAACAAAACGACCAUAAGAGAUGGAGAAACGGAAGAACGAAGCACUGAAAAAAAUAGAUACAAUUG